AUGGCAUCAUCGACACACCGGCCCUUUGCCACCCGCUGCGUCAUGUAUCUUACUGGGCAACACAAUGUGGUCCCAUCAGAACCGGAGCUCACAGAACAAAUUACGCAUGUUAUACUCGCCUUCAUGAGAUCUGAUGUCUUCAAUUCGGAUCAGCAAUCCCCGGAAUUUCCCCUCUUCACAACUGUGGGGGAGGUCCGAGAGAAAUUUCACCACGAAACGAAGGUCAUGGUCGCUAUUGGUGGUUGGGGAGAUUCUAAAGGGUUUGAGGAAGCGAACAAGGACGCCAAAUCCAGGAAAAGAUGGUGUGAAAAUGUCAAAAAGAUGAUUGACCUGACUGGUGCGGAUGGUGUCGACAUCGACUGGGAGUACCCUGGUGGCAACCGCGAUGACUACAAAAUUAUUCCAAAUGAGAGGCGCAAGUGGGAAAUUGAAGCCCUCGUGCAGCUGUUGACAGAUUUACGCGUCUCCAUUGGCAGCGACAAACUACUAUCGAUUGCAGUCCCAGGCCUUGAACGAGACAUGAUGGCAUUCACCGAAGAGACUGUACCCAGAAUCGUCAAACAAGUCGAUUUCAUCAACGUCAUGACCUAUGACUUGUUGAACAGGCGUGACACCUUGGUCAAGCACCACAGUGGCGUGUCUGCGUCCCUGGAGUCAAUCGAGUCUUAUAUAGCACGGGGAGCGUCGGCUCCAGUGCUCAACUUGGGGCUUGCUUACUAUGUAAAAUGGGCCAUGGCUGAGGAGUGUGAUCCAAGCCACCCAUUGAGCUGUCCAACACAACUUUUGGAAGAUCCAGAGACUGGUGCUGAUCUGGGCAGAACCGCUGCUUUUAGUUGGCAUGACAAAAUACCAGAGGAGUUGGAGCAAUCCUUCUCUCGAGCCAUGACGAAUGGCAAAUACUUCGAAGACGGCAGUUUUGGCUACCUGGACGUUAAAGAGGCACGAUGGUGGACGUUUGAUACACCAAACGUCAUUCAUCGCAAAUUCAAGGACAUUGUGAAGCAAAGGAGACUCGGGGGUGUGUUUGCAUGGGGCAUAGGCGAGGAUGCCCCGGCUUUCUCUCACCUGUCAGCAACGCUGCAUGAACUCCAGAACCUAACCAAGGACGACAUGGGAGAAGCAGCAAGCAAAGAUGAACUAUAA